AUGUCAGCAGGUGGGGCUUGGGAGGUUGUAGUCGAUAAGGCCGUGUUGGAAGUACUGAAGUAUCUCACUUGCACAACUACACCUUUCCUGCAGGACUCACAAACCGCCCAGCGAAUGCUCACAUUGCUUGAUAAUAGUACCAUGCGGGAUCUUCUCGUGGAGCGUAAUCACGGUGGGUUGUGUGGUAUGUUAGGCUGUGGAGGUACACCACUGUAUAGAGAGAAGAAAACAAUAGAGGGAACAGGAGUCUCUAAAAGCAGCACUACAAAUACAAAUAUGAAUAUAAACAACUUUAAAGGAAAUGUGAUGAUGUAUGAUGAUGGUGAGGAAAAGGAAGAUGAAAAUGAUGAUAGUGGGCCGAAUAGUGAAGAAGAUGAUCCCGAAGUAACAGAGACAUUUCGAAAGUAUAAAAAGUAUCGUGAACAACAAAUGAAUGUUAAUGUUGGGAAUAAUAAUAAUAAUAAUAAUCAUAAUCAUAAUACAAUCAUAAAAGAAGAGAAAAUAACUCCUUUUCGUGGUGUGCAGUUUAUAGAUCGUUUCUGUACUCCUGACUGUGCUGUGCAGUUUAAAGAGUUGAUGGAUAAUGUUCCCACAUCGCUGGUGUAUGAACGGGCGGAGGUGCUGGAGGCGAUUGCGGCUUUAUUUCCAAAUAUGAGUCUCGCCUCUCUUCAGCGACUGGCAGGGGCGGAAUCUACAGUCGUCGCUAAUAUUCAAGAAAGAGAAAAGAAGUCUAACGGAAAAGAAAAAGAAAAAGAAGUUGAAGUAUCUUCUUCUUCUCUUCAGAAGGAUAUUACUGUACAAAACAGGGAAUCCGAAAAGAUGCGAGAAGUGUUGGAAGGAAUUCGGGGCGUGGAAUGUGUGUGGGAGCGGUCCAUGCGGGAAUCCACACUUGUGAGUAGUAACAGCAAUCAUGGAAAGGAGUCGUUGCUUCCCAUGUCGUUAAUGGCAUACGACUUCUUUCUCACCAUUUCAACACCAAAAACAAAAUCUCUAUUCGCGAAAUUAUGCCGCAGAAAUAAUAAUAAUAAUAAUAAUAAUAAUAAUAAUAAUAAUAAUAAUAAUAAUAAUAAUAAUAAUAAUUGUAGUGAUACUAAUAGUUCCAAUGGUGGGAAUGUAAGGCAGGAUGAUAGGGUUUGUGUAAAGGGAGAAGGUAAUCUCUAUACACAGUGUAUGCAGCCCAUCCGUGAGAAGUGUCUAGAGAGAGUGGAACCGCAAUGGAUUGGAGAAAAGGAAGAAGAAGAAGAAACUAUUCCUUGUGUAAAUCCACUCCAGCAACAGGAGCGACUUUCUCUAUUUGCCUCUCAAAUCUUCUCUCAUCCAACCACCGCAACACUAUCACGAUUACUCUUAUAUGAUGAAGUAACACUUGUACGUCUGUGGAGUGUUUGGCAGAAUGAUGGACUUCUCACAACUCUGCGGUUUCCAUUCGCACUGCCGAGUGCCAUCACGGCUGGGAGUUCAACGGCGACGGGUGUUUUCUUCGCUCUUGUGAUGGCCGCAGCGGCUGGUCUCUGCACACCGCAGGGAUGGACGGAGUGGCAACAGCGAGAUAAUGCAUUGGAGGAAGUCCUUCAGGCAUUACAUGUUACCGUGGAGGACUUUGUGGCCUGUGUGCGGGCACUCGUGUUGGAUUAA